CUCUCAUUGCUUCACAUGGCAAGUGGGAAGAAAACCUCUGUUUCUCCAGAGGUUGAAAAGAGCCAGGAAGACUCGUUUGAGUAUGUUCCACCAAAGCCUAAGGGGAGACGCAACACCACAGCCAAGGCAUCUGUGAACACGGCCAUUGACGUUUUAGACCUGAUGUCUUCAAGUGAGGGUGAGAAGGAGGAGGAUGAAUGGCGUCCUGAAAGAGCUGAGAAGGGACGCAGGGUCUCCAAGAAAGCAAAGGCAAUUGGGUGUGCCUGUAAGGGUCGCUGUGGCAACAAACAAUGCAAGUGUCGCAAAGGAAAGAUGACGUGCGGCGAAAACUGCCAGUGCAACCGUGAGAAAUGUCGAAAUAUGGACAACCAGGCAACGACUGAGGUACUUCUGAACUCCAACUUUUUCUCCAACUCUUUUGC